AUGACCCAUCGAUAUUCGCUUAGUAUUAGUCCAAAGUCCUCACUCGCAACGACUAUCUCCUUUCCUUCUCUACAUACACCAUCGGAAGAACAAUACCUUAGUGAUGAACUAACACAAGAUAAUCUCGAAGUCGACUCGCCAACAUUAACAGACGAUUCUGUUUCAUGUCAGUCGCUCUGCUAUCUACAGAUCGUAUAUCACUUACGCCAGAAAUGCACAAUGCCAUCAUUGACGGCAUCGAGUCCUGCCAAUCAUUGGUAUAGCCCAAUGGAUACAUUGACAUCGAAUACUUCUACUUCACAAUUCAGUCUGUCGCCAACUACUGUCAUUGACGGCAGCCCAUCAAUAAUGUCGAAUCCUGCCAAUCGUUGGUAUAAUCCAAUGGAUACAAUGACAUUGAUGAAUCCUACCUCACAAUUCAGUCCAUCGACUCAAUCACUUUUUCCAUACGUCAUCGGACCAUUUCCGUAUUACGAUUAUUCGAUGGAUGCAAUGGAAUCAAUAGGCCGUCGAUACAACCGUUGA